AUGGGCGCGAACAACUCGAAGAGAAGCGUGGUGGUCGUGGGCGGAGGAGGCGCGGGCUCUAACAUCGCCGGCUAUCUAUCCACCAAACUAGAUCCAGCGCAGCACUCACUCAUGUUGAUCAACGCGCGCCCAUUCCAUGUGUUCUUGCCCGCGACCGUCCGCAUGACGGUCACGACCGACGGGAAGCUCGAGGAGCAGAUUCUCAUCCCAUUCGACCGUGUGAUGUCGAAGGGAAUUGGAGAGUUCAAGGUGGGCCGCGUGGUAGGAAUAGAAAAGGACGAGCGAGGCGGCGGAUCGGUUUUAUUGGAGGGCGGUGAGAAUGUGUGGUAUGACGUGCUUGUCCUUGCACCGGGAACGAUGUAUGAAGGACCGAUCGAGUAUCCUGACACAAUGGAGGCCACUCUGAGACAAAUAGAGGCAUGGAGAAAGAAGGUUUUACAUGCAAACACGAUCGUUCUUUCCGGCGGAGGGCCUGUAAAUAUAGAAUUGUCGGGCGAGAUAAAAUAUUAUUACCCGGAGAAGAAAGUGACAAUCGUUCAGAGCGGAUACCUUCCUCUCAACAGGAUCUACCCUGAUUACUUCCGGGAGCGCGUCGCUGAAGCCAUAACAUCUCGCGGUGUCGAGUUUAUUUUCAACGACUACUUGGAUCAAGAUGCAGCCCAAGACGGGUUUGUUACCACGCGCAAGGGCCAAAAGAUACCCGCCGACCUCGUUAUGUCUUCUCAUGGAGGUCGACCGAACACAGAUUUCAUCAAAACUCUCGGGCCAGACGCUGUCACAUCCAGAGGCCUCGUACCUGUUACGCCCUCGCUCGAACUUUGUGGACACCCAGGCAUCUUCUGUGCCGGGGACGUCCUCGACAACUCUGAGCGCAACACGCUCGGAAAGUAUGAAGGUCACGCAAAUGUCAUCGUGGCCAAUGUGUUGAAAUGGCUGAAAGGAGAGCCGAGUGACAGCAAAUACGAGGGCACGCUGGAGGCCAUAGGCAUCACGAUGGGGAAGACCGGAGGCGUAACAUACCUUGGAGAUGGCACAGUGGAGGGAGACGAGUUCACUCGAAAGUACCAAGCUGAAAAACUCUUGGUGCCAUAUGGAAGAGGGAAGAUGGGGUACGGACAGACAGAUCUUACAGACACAACAGAGUGA